CUGAUCUGGUGGCGUCAUUCUGUUCAUUCGAAAUGCUGCUUUUGAGAUCAUCUUGACCACCAUUCUCCUGUAUUCCAUCCGUUGUUCAACUAUCAUUCAUAACCAUCAUACCCUGUUGAAACAAUAGGAAGGUCAAUCCACAAUGCCUCAUAUACUCGUUACCGGUGCUUCCGGGUUUCUAGGCCAAGCAGUAGUGACAGCGAUACAAAAUAUACAUCCUAAAUGGACCAUAACGAAUUUGGAUCUACGGGCGCCACCGGUUCCUCAGCCCAAUGUCACAUACAUCCAAGCAGACAUCACACAAGCCUCCGAGGUGGACAUUGCCAUACGCAAAGCCAACCCAGAUGCCAUCAUCAAUGUGGCUGGCUGGGUACCGAGUGGCAGCCUACGAUACAGCAACUCAAAAGCACUUCGCGACAAGGUCUUUGGCACAAACUAUCGCGGGACCCUAAACGUACUAUCCGCAGCCCAAAAGACCAAUUGCAAAGCCUUCGUCCACACAUCCAGCUGCACAGUCAUCUCCGACGAUCAAGACCACGACUUCCCAGACAUGACUGAAGACAUACCAAUCGGGCACGCCACUUUAGCCUACGGAGCCAGCAAAGCACCAGCUGAACUCGCCGUGCUGGCUGCAAACACCACCGAGUUUAAAACCUGUGCUCUACGCCCUGCAACUAUCAUCGGGCCCGGAGAUACCUACGGUGUAAUCGCUACAAUCCACGCCUGCAUUGCCAAAGGUGAAACGCCAUGGAUAAUAGGCGCAGGCGACAACAUGUAUGAUUUCGUCUACAUCACCAACAUAGCAGAUGCCCAUCUCCUCGCUCUCGAAAACCUGCUCUCCACAACACCAUUUCCAGAAUCUGCAGCUGGUCAUGCUAUGUUUGUGUCCAACCAACAACCAGUGUAUUUUCGAGACUUUAUGCUGGCGAUAUGGAAACAUUUCGGUCAUGUUCCGCCAUUCCAGCUGAUGAUUCCGACGCCGUUGGCUUGGGUUGCUGGAUUGAUGGCGGAAAUCAAGACGUGUGUUUGUGGGCAAAAGGAAAGUACGUUGAGUAGAGGGAGUGUGAGAGAUGCUGUGGGAACGAGGUAUGCGAGUAACGAGAAGGUCAAGCGGAUACUGGGGUACCAUCCGCGGGUUGACUUUGUGGAUGCUGUUAGAUUGGCUUGUGAGGAUUACAAACGCUUCUUGGCUGCGAAAGGGGCGAACAAACAGGCUAAUGAUGUCAAGAUCAGUUAGAUGGUGUCUGGCAUGAUCUUGCCUUGUGGUAAAGUCAAGUAGUGGUCUUGGAGUCGACGGGUUGUUUAGUAUUUGUAUACGUU